GCCGGCUGCUGUGGCGGAAGUGGAGCGGGGAAGGUGGCCGCAGUGCGGGGCAUCCGGUGAUAUUCCCGGGACCGGCAGCGUCUGUCCUCCCUCGGCUGCUCGGAGAUGACGCGUUUCGCCCUCACCGUGGUCCGGCAUGGAGAAACAAGACUUAACAAGGAGAAAAUACUUCAAGGACAAGGUGUGGACGAGCCGCUUUCCGAGACUGGGUUCAGACAGGCCACUGCUGCCGGGAGUUUUCUGAAAAAUGUGCUGUUCACGCACGCAUUUUCCAGCGACCUCACCAGGACGAGGCAGACCAUCCAUGGGAUUUUGGAGAAAAGCAAAUUUUGCAAGGACAUGACAGUGAAAUAUGAUUCAAGACUUCGCGAAAGGAAGUACGGGGUUGCUGAAGGCAAAGCGCUGAGCGAGCUGCGGGCCAUGGCCAAGGAUGCGGGGAUGGAGUGCCCAGUGUUCACGCCUCCCGGAGGAGAGACCCUCGACCAGGUAAAAAUUCGUGGAAAAGAUUUCUUUGAAUUUCUUUGUCAACUAAUCCUAAAAGAAGCAGAUCAGAAAGAACAGCUUUCCCCAGAAGUCCCAACCAGCUAUCUGGAAACAUCUUUGGCAGAGAUAUUUCCUUUAGGAAAGAACUGCAGUCCUGAGUGCCGCGUGGACUGCAGCCGUCCAGGGCUGGCAGCCAGCGUCCUGGUGGUGAGCCAUGGUGCCUACAUGAGGAGCCUGUUCAGCUAUUUUCUAACCGAGCUGAAGGGCUCCUUGCCAGCAACUUUCAACAGGUCAGAACUCACAGCCGUCAGCCCCAACACCGGGAUCAGCCUCUUCAUCAUAGACUUCGAAGAGGGAGGAGAACCCGAGGUCCACUGUGUCUGUAUGAACCUGCGGGAUCACUUGAACGGAGUCAACUGAAGGUGCUGAGUUCCAUCCUUGCCCGAAUCUGAACUAUCUGAAGUCUGCAGGGAGCGCCGUCGGCUUGCUUCAGUUCUGUCCUCUGCUGUUUUAUUUGGAAACAGGGAAAAUCAGCUUAUAAACCUCUUUUCCAAACAGCAGUGGAAAGCCAUUUUGCAUUGAUUUAAUUUGUGCAAGUGCUGUUGGCAUUUUCCAGAGGAAUUUUGCCAUCCUACCUGGUCACAUGGCUGCAUUGUAAGUGGAUGGGGGAACUCAGCGUUGCAGUGAGAUUAAUCACCUUGUUACUGCGUUUUUCCCCAUUCUGAAAUGUUGAUGUAUUUUUUUAAUUGCUCAGUUUGUAUUUAUUGGCUGCUGGUAAAAUACUGUAUGCUUUUCACGUCUCACUCAAUGCUUCAAAGGAGCUUCUUGUAAUUGAUACCGCAUAUUUGUAGUGAUUGUGCUAUAUUUAAAACGUCCUUUAAAGGAAAUAUUCUCCCCCUUAUAAAUUUAUGUAAAGUAAAAUGAUAAAAGAACACUAAAUAUUUUAUGUAGAAACCAGCUGAUGGAAUACUUUAUUCUGGAAGGCUCAAAGUGCAGAUGAGUAGACAUUAUGAAUGCAGAAAGGUGUGGAGGGGGAGAAGUUAGACCACCAUGUGAUCAGAACACAUUACAGAAGGUAGCUGAGCAGCUUGUUAAGCUGCUUGGAAAAGCUGUCAGUGGAAGCCAGGAAAGUAAACAAACCAAAACACACAAAAAGCCCAAAGUUUGAUGAGGAGAAUGAAGAGCAAGGAGCUGGGUGUGGUGACACAUGCCUGUAAUCCGAGCUCUUGGGAGGCUGAGGCAGGAAGAUCAUUGUAAGUUUGAGACCAGUUUGAGCUACAAAGUAAGCUGAAGGCCAACCUGAACUGCAUAGUGAGACCUGUCUCAAGAAAAAAAAAAAAAAAAGAAAAAGAAUAACGAAAAUGAUCAACUUUUUUCUUAUCUGAUUGGUAGCUGAAGACUCCAGUUUGAGAAGACCCUAACGAGAGUAAGUAGUUAAUAUACACAGCACAGUACACUCAGCAUAUGAAAGAGAGCUUUGUUGAAAAGGCCCCUGAGACACCUGCGAACUGGCUGUGUGGAAGGUACAGGUGAAGUUUUCUCUUUCCACUAGAUGGCGCUAGAGUAAGAGGUUUUGAGCAACCUAAUUUUGUACCUACCAUUGGUUCUUCAAAAGUCCUUACCUAAAAGGAAAAGUGUCUUAUGUGUAGUUCAGCCCUAAGUCACCAUGCUAAUGAAUGCUGUGAGUCUCAGCAUUAAAGAGAAUUAAUGCUAAGUGUGUCAGUAACACUAACAUAAUCCUAAAUGAUCUUCAAAGGUCAUUUAAAUCCUAGAAUUCAAUAUUACACCACUGACAGUGUGUUCAGUAUGACCACAAUCAGUUUUUCUGCCAGUAUUAAAAAUGGCAUGAGUGCUGGGCAUGAUGGUGCAUGCCUGUAAUCCCAGCACUUGGGAGGCUGUGGCAGAAGGCUUGUUGCAGAUUCAAGACCAGCCUGGGCUACAAAGUGAGCAUAUGGCCAGCCUGAACUGCAUAGCAAGACCCUGUCUCAAAAAAAAAAAAAGUGUGACUUUGAGCACCAGAGAAAAUGCACUAUAAAUACUUGAAAUAAUAGCCAAAAAGACAGUUGACUUGAUUCCCACCUAAUUUUUUAAAUACAGGAAAACAAUGAGCUGUAAGUGAAAUUCCCUUUUACCAGUCCUCACAGUGCCCUUUCAGAAACAUCACGAGAGCACGUCUGCGUCUAUUUGUCACAUUUUCCUCCAGUAUCUGUAAGGCAGCUCUGUUGUUUUGGUGCUUUAAAGUAUACACGAUUAAUAUCAAACUGUCUGUAUGCUUUAUUUUUAUCUAUUCUGUGUCAGGACACCACCUGCUAUAACCCUAUUUUCUGUUGAAUUAAUGUAGCACAUUUUGUUUUCUGUUCUCCGUAAGUGGCAUCUGGGUAUCCUCAGUGUUCCCCCGUGGAAAGAGUGGGGCAUGGAACCGUCCUGCAGCACUCCUGUGUGGGCUCACGGGCUGUGCACCUUUCGGCGCCCAUGGCCGUGUGGUGCUCAGCCCUGGAAGAAUGCAGAAUUUCUGCUUCUGUGUCUUUGCUGACACUGGACGCUGUCUAAGUUCACUAAUCCGAUGAUUGAAAAGCAUCUUGUUGUUUCAAUAAGCUUUCCUGUGACUGCUAAUGGGCCUGGGCAUUGUUUUCUUAUGUAGAUCUGUAAAUCCAGUUCUCUUGCUAUAUGUAGUCCCUGCCUGGUUUUCUGUUGGGUUGGACUUUCUAAUAGUGAGUUGCAGAAAUAAUUUCACUGUUCUCUCUAUUGCAUUUAUCUUCCAGGUUGUUACAUGGGUGUGUGAAUGUGUGGGGUUUUUAAAAAUUUUUUAUUUAAGACAGGCUUGUGCUAUGUAGUUCAGGCUGACCUUGAACUUACAUGGAGCCCAAGCUGGCCUCAAACUUGUAGCAGUCCUCCUGCCUCGGCUUCUUGACUGCUGGGAUUGUGGGCAUGCACACUAUACCCAGCAGUUGCUUAUGUUUCAGAGCUGGUUUGCCCCACAUUUUUAUUGGUGCAUAUUGGUUAUACAGAUGAGCAAGAUUCAUUGGCACAUGCACAUAACAUACUGUAGUUAACCCUUUCUCCACCACUGCCCUGUCUCUCCCCACAGGUUCAUAUGAGGGGGCAUCAGUGUGUAAUCUCCUUGAAUCACGUUCAUACUCCAUUACCUGUCCUUAAGUUCCCUCCCUUCUCCCUUCUUUCCUUUUUUCUAAUAGUAGUCUCCCUUCUGCUCUCAUCUUUUUUAAAUUUCACAUAUUAGAACUGAGAUUUAUCUUUCAGAAUCUGGCUUACUUUACCGAGCGCCACCUUUUCGUUAUCAAUCUGUUGAUGGGCACCUUGUUUGGUUCCAUAUCUUGGCACUACAUUUUUUGCCACAACACAUACAUACAUACAUAUAUAAUAUUUUUAGUCAUGUGUGUAUGUAUAUCUUUAAGAAGCUUUUUUUACUAUAAGGCCAUAUAAAUCCUUUUUUUCCUUUGAUUUUAGAGGAUUUUAAAAAUUUAAAUUAUCUGAACUGAAGUUUUGUAGUCUAAGAUAAGGAUUCAGGUUUAUGUCAUCAGUGUGAGGCAAAUGGCUGUCCCAACACUAUUAUCAAGAGUCUGUUCCAAGUUAUAUGCAGUGUCGCAUUGGUGGAGUACAGUCUGUCUUACUCAGGAGGCUGAGGCAGGAGGAUUGCUUGAAUGUGGGAGUUCAAGACCAGCCUGAGCAAUACAGUGAAAAGCCAUCUUAAAACAAAUAACAACAACAAAAACAGAGUUGGUCCCUUCCUAGUUGAUGUGAGUCUUCACCAUCUUCCCCUCAGACUCCCUUUACUUGAGGGUGUGUGGACUGCUCCUGGGAAUCUUUAGGCCCCUGUCAGUAUCCUUUUUGCAUUUAUCACUUUGGUCGGUCUGUUGAGAAAAAGAUGGCAGGGCCUGCGCACUGGCUGGAGGAGCGUAAUUCUGUGACACUGAGCAGGAAGGACUCUGCUGACAUCAGGGCACAAAGGGAGGCAGGGGCCCUGCUAGGCCUGAAGAGUAGCAGGCAGGAGCACAGAAGCCCAGGGUUACUCCUGGCAGGUCAUUCUAAGUCAGGGGCGGCUGAGGGUCUGGGGUGGCCUGGGACAUAGACAACCUGGUGUCCGGGGGCAGGGACGGGAGGUCUCAGGCUGUUAUCCAAGUCAGGUGGGAAGCUCAGGCAGAGAGCCAUCGGCUGAGGUUCAGGAGCAUCCCCUGGCUGCCGCUGGGUGGAAAGCGUCCCUUCUGGGUACUCUAGGAACACAUAACCAGGGUGGCAAAGACCGAAGCAGACAGCUGUCCCCCUCAAAGAAACGAGACCAGGGACACAAGCAGGGCCCAGGUGAGGGUUCCCUCAGGGCCAGGUUGAGAAAGCAGAUACCAAGGGGCAAGACUCACUGAGAGAAGAGCUGUCCACCUCCACAGCUGUGAACAUCCUAGGUCUCUCCAUGACUCUUCGGAAUGUCUUUUUAAAAAGGCUUUGGUUUCAGAGCAAAAUCAGGAAGAAAGACCAGGGGUGUCCCAUGAAUCCCUCGCUCCACACAGGGCUUUUUCUCUGAGUGGCGCAUUACUAUGGUGACCCUGUGCUGACAUCCCGGCUACCCCAAGUCCAUCUUCCACAGUGCAGGUUGCUCUUGGCAUACAUUCAGGGACAAAUCCAUGGGCUCAUCUGCCAUUGCAUCAUGCGGAGUGUUUCCUGUCCUAAAACUCCUUUGCUUUGCUGUUCCUCCUCCUACCUCCUUGACCCACCAGUUUUGAGGCUGAGUCCUAGACCCAGCAGAGGGAGUCCUAAGCCCCCUUCCUAGCUUUACCCCAGGCUCACAGCCCCUGCAAUCUGUUGUCACUGUGUUCAUUCCACUACAUGUUUUUCCCUCACCUAUUUGCUCAGUUUCACUUUCAUAGAUAGAUUCCUGUUUAUUGCUUUUUAUACUGUUUUCCCCAUUAAAAUCCUGUUUUAUCUAGCAUCUUUA